AUGCAAUUUAUAAUUUGUUUUGUUGUGUAAGGCAAAUAAUCGAACACUGUGCCCGCUAUUUUAUUAUUAUUAGCUAAAUUAGCAGUAAUAUAACAAUAAAUCCAUAAUAACGAUUACAAUAGUUGGUAUAAUUUGUCUAUUUCAAAUUUUGUUAUUUCUUAUAUUUUAGUGUUUUUGACAAAUUAGUUUUGGAAAGAUUUGGUUCUUAUUCAUAUUUUAUUGAUCACUCUUUUGAAAUGUCUCAGAUAAUCAAAAUGUGAAACAGAAGCAUUUUAAAACAAAAAUCUCACUUAUUUUCAAUAUACAAUAUUAAAAAAUCCUCAAAUGAGAUCUAGUUUGAAAGACUUUUCACUAUUUUUUAAGAUCCUAUCUGAAAACAAAAUAUCUAACUAUUAAGAGUAAAUAAUAAAAGAAGGAUAAUUUGAAGAAAGAUUUGCUAUUAUAAAUCAUGUCUAUCAAUUAAAUUAAAUCUAAUUGUAUUUAAAUUUGAUCAAAAUUCAUUCAGAGGAACUAAAUUGGUUUUAAAAAACAAAACUUGAAGCAAGUCUUCUAAAUACUAUAUAAUCCUCUUAAAAAGCAAUGACAUCUUCUUUAAAUGUUCGAUAAUUCAUUCAAGCACUUGAUGUGGAAUAAUAAAACUUAUGGCUUUUAAUUAAUCUAAUUGAUUUAAAAUGCCAGUUUUAUAAUUUUUUAAUCAAAGAGUAACCUCUUUAUUAAUAUUUAUAAAAUUUCAAAAAGCAAUUUGAUAAAUUAAUAUAUGCCCUUGAAAAAUUUAAGGGUAUUUUUGAAGACUAAUAUGAUCUUGAAUCUGGAAAAAUGAAAUCUUCCAACACUUUAGAUUAUAUUUCCAUAUAUAUCAUAUCUUCUUUUGAAUAUAUUUUUUAUGGUAAUUAUUUCAAAGUAAUUUAACAAUUGGUAAUUUUAGGCAAAAGAACUUGAAAAAAAGUAGAAUGAAGUAUCUGCAUUAGAUAAAAUUAUGAACUUAAAAUUCUAAAGAAGUAUUAAAUUACUAUAUAAAUUAGAUGAGGCUUUCCUUGUGUCUACAAGUGUAAUUAGAAACUCAUAUACAAUUUUAAAUUCUAAGAAUAAGAGACUUAUGCUAGUGUUAGAAUAAGAAACUGAACCAAAGUUGAUUAGUGAUUUUCUACCUCCAUUUUCAAAUUCGAUUUACAAUAAUCUUGUAAGUAAUUACCUUUAGAGUGGGUUUAAUAUAAAAUAGCCUUGUUCUUUAUCUUUUUUGAGAUACGACUAUUUAGUUGAGUGUGAUUUUUACAUAAAUGCUUAAAUGAGCAAAGAUGACAUAGUAUUGUAAAAUUACUUUGUUUUGAAAAAUUAACCUAAUCAUCUACUUGUAUUUGAUAAUGAAGGUAAAAUCUUAGGGAUAACCUGUGAUAUUUAUGCUUAUUUAAUUUAAAAAUCAGACAAUGCGUAUACCAAGAAUUUAUCAGUUUAACAAUUUUUACGUUGUGGAAUGAUUCAAUAUUAUUUGCCAGAAAUCUAUAAGUUUAUUUAAGAUUUAGCAGGCUAGCCUUCAUCUGUAAAUAGCUAACAGAUUCUAAAUAUCGCAUCAAGAUGGGAUUUUCCAAUUAACCAUAAAAAAUGCUUAGAUUCUACUUAAAAUCUAUUACACUAAUCAGAUGAAUAGAGUCGCAAAUCAGUAAAAAAAAAGCCUUUAUAUCACUAAACUUGGAAGAAAUAAUAAAGUUAGGUGUUGUUAGAUGAAAAUAUUACUAUUUAAAAUGUAUUGGUAAAACUAAUGUAAAAGCAACUAAUCUAAUAAAUACAAAAUCUUGUUGUACCCUCUUCUAGGAUGAAAAGCAUUGAGUUUGAGGGUUCUUUGGAAUUUGUGAAAUUUAAAUAAGUAGAGGGUGAUUCAUGCUAUUUUGUAUUGAGAUUUAAACAAAUAGAAGAUUAUUCAUAAGAUAAAGCUUAGAAAAUUGUUUAAGAAUAUUAAUUUUAUUCAUCGUUGACUAUUGAUGAACAACAAUAUGAAGAUUUACAAAUAGAUUACGAAUUUAUUAGAAAAAUAAUAAAUUAGAAAACUUUCAAUAAUUCACUGAAAUACAAUAUUAUAAUACUACUUUUCAUGAUAAUUAUUACAAUUAUUGCUUUAAUUAUCAAUUAUACAUUAAAUUAUGAAUAAAUGAUCUAUUACUAGCAUUUAGUUAAUUUUCUUACUACCCCUUAGGCAAUGACUUAUAAUAUAGGAGCGGCUUUUAUAUUGAUGUGGAAUCAAUAUUGUAUUUAAAAUAAAUUGUAUUUAACAAGUCCUUAUUUAGAGUAGAGAAGAGAAACUUAACUAGUUGGUUUAUUCGAAUUUUGGAAUUAAGUCCAAGAAGAAUAUACUAUGAAACUGAAUAUAAAGAGUGUAGAAUUAGGGAUGAAUAAUAUUAGUUUAAUCUCUUUUGAAAACAACAUAAAAUCUACUGCUGAGAUAGAUUUCUAUUCAUUUUAUGCAAUAAUGCGAGAAUCUAUGGUAAGACAGUUCAAAAAUACUGAUUUUAAUGAUAGUACUACUUUUGAUCCUGGAAUAUUGUAAACAAAUGGAACAAUUAGACAAAAUAUGCUUCAAAUAUUUAAAUUUCAUCACAAAGUAUAAGAUGAAGUAAUAGAAUCAACAGAAAUAUCCUUUUUAUAAUUUGAAGACCAGACCUUUAAGCUUUGUAUUUAUUCUUCAGCUGUAAUAUUACUCUUUCUAGUAAUUUUUAUAAUAAUUAAUUGUUCUCUCUUAUAAAAGUAAGCUAAACUCAUUAGACUGCUUUAAUACUUGAACAUAAACAUAAUUUUUGAUUAAGUUGAGGUUUUGAAUUUCUAAAAAGAAUAAUUAUAAAAAUUAUUAAUAGUGUAGAAUAUUCAAAAAUCUAAUCCUCUCACUUCAUAAUAAAACGAAAAGGCCCCUUUAAUUUAGACCAAGCUUAAUCCUUUGAGUAAAUUAGAUAAUUAUGAUGAGAAGUAUCAUUUGUUGAUAAUAUUAUCUUUGGUCAUUGGAGUUUAACUCAUAUUUUUCAUUUUUGGAUCUUAAAUAAUAGCUCAAUUAUAUAAUAGAGAUCACUAAGAUAGUUUAAUCUUAACAAUGAAAUAUCUAAAAUUAAAAACUCGAUUAGAUUCAACUAUAAUUGUUGGGGAAAUAAUAAAAACUGAGCAUCUUUUGAAAAAUAAUAGUAAUAUUAAUUUCAUUAAUGAGACUGAACACAUCUUGUUCUUUUUUGACAAUGUCGAUUAGUUAAACAAUUUAUCAAAUAAUAUCAACAAUGAACUUCUAACAGUAUCAUCCUACAACUCGUCCUUUUAAGAGAAACUCAUAGACAUAUUUAAUAAAGAUUUGUGUCUUCAUUACUCCUUUUUAUUAAGUUUUUGUAUAAUUGACAACAUCAGAAUUGAUUAUUACGAGAACGAAAACUAUUUAACAUUAAUAAAUAAGGGAAUAUUUGGAAUAUUAUAAGAUUUAGAUAAAUUAGCCAAGUAGGAUUACAAUUAUGAGUAUAUCAAUUAAAAAUAUGAAUACAACCAAAGCCAUUCAGAUUACUUUCUUAGCUAGCCAAUUCAUAAUCACUUAUUUUAAUAAUACUUUAUAGAAAUCUAAACUUGUAUUUAUCUGUGCUUUCUUGAUAUUUUUGCUGAAACCAAAGUUUUAAGUGACAGAUUAUCAAGUUCGAUUCUCCUCUACUUAGUCACAUCUUCUGUCGUGUAAUUAUUUAAUAAUAUAUAGUUUCUUGUUAUUAACAUGGUCGAUUGCUGGAUUUUGGAUUUAUAAAUAAUAUAAAAGAUGUAAUCAAUUAAAAUUAAUAGCUACUUUAUUUCCUCCUGCUUUAAUAAAGUAGAAUAGUUUCAAUAAAUUGUUGCAUUUUUAAUUACUGUAAAAUAAGUGA